GGCGGGUCAGCAAAUCCUCACUUCUUCUCCAAGUCACUUCCCCUCGUUAUAAUUAUAUACUCCCCCCAAUUCAUCUAAAUUUCUGCUAUACUUUGCCGAUUCAGAGAGAUCGAUCAACGAUACAAAAAUGGAAUGUGUUUUUGGGAUGGUGGGGAAAGGGUUUGCUUUGGUGGUAGCAGAUACAUCGGCGGUUAACAGUAUUCUAGUUCACAAAUCUAACGAAGACAAGAUCAUGGUUCUUGAUUCUCACAAGCUCAUGGGCGCUAGCGGUGAAGCUGGUGAUCGAGCUCAAUUCACGGAAUAUGUACAGAAAAAUGUAUCUCUGUAUCAAUUCCGAAAUGGGAUUCCGCUGACUACCAAGGCUGCUGCAAAUUUCAUGCGCGGUGAGCUUGCCACAGCUUUGAGAAAGAAUCCUUAUAUGGUCAACAUCGUGCUAGCCGGCUACGACAAAGAAACAGGCCCAUCUAUAUAUUUCAUCGACUACAUCGCAACCCUGCACAAGGUCGACAAGGCAGCUUUUGGCUACGGCUCGUACUUCUCCCUGGCGAUGAUGGAUCGCCACUACCAUCCCGACAUGACGGUGGAGGAAGCCAUCAAGCUGGCCGAGCAGUGCAUCGAGGAAAUUCGGUCCAGACUGGUUGUGGCUCCGCAGAAUUUCGUCAUCAAGAUCGUGGACAAAGACGGGGCUCGCGAACACUCGUGGCGCAGGACCACAAAGGAUUGAAGAUGUUUAAAUUAUGUUUGGGUUUUUCGUUUUGUUGUGUUGUUGGGGCUAAAAUUCGAACCUUUGAAGGUUGAUUCGUUAUCGGAUUGUUGAACUGUUAUAUGCUCUGUGGUAAUCGGAAAACUUUGUUGUUGAAGAUUUCAUACGUUUAGUUCUAAAAGUUGAUAACACCCGUACAAGUCUAUUUGC